AUGCAGGAUCCGAGCCGAGUCGCGGGUGUGAAUUAUAAUGUGUCUGGUGCUGCCACUGGUGUUAACUCUUAUUCGCUCUUUACCCAUUCCCAUGAGAGCUACCCUCUUUAUCUACAGAUGCAGGCCUUAGAACGUGAGAACUCUGGCCUCCGAGCUAAGAUAGAAGCGCUGACUAGCACUAUGGAGAAGCAGUUUGCACUGUCUCGCAUAUCUAAAGUUGAUGCUCUAUCCAGUAAGGUGACUCGGAUAGUAGAGGAGGAAGUUGAAAGGGUAACAAGGCGAUAUAAUGAGACCCUGGCGCGUAAGAACAUAUACAAGAGGCGAUUCCUCAAGAUAGUGUCCACACUCAGGAGCGCUAGGGACUCUCUGCGGCUCGUACUUGACGUUGCGCGUUUACACCAGCAUCCAACAUUGAUCCAAGCAAUUCAUAACGUGGAAGACUCCCUUAUGAUGUCCUGGCCAGAAGAGGACAUAAGUGACUACGAAUCAGCCAAUCUAGGGUCGGCUUCCGCUCCACAGCUCCCAUUGACCUUGCCUAUUCGGGAAGCUGAUGACAGCAAGGAACAUAUUAACGUAGCCAGCUCGCACAGUUCACCGCGGUCCAAAGAUGAUUGCCAGAUUCCUUCCUAUUAUGGGACAGUUCGCAUGGAGCAUAGAACUCAAGCUCUGACCAGGCUUCCGCCCAUACAAAAACGGGAGCAACAUGUACAAGUACAGGUACAAACUGUAUCACAGACAGAGAUGGAAAGGGGAAGCAGCAAACAAGACAGACAUACCUAUGCAUCUUUGAGUCCUCCAGCAAAGCUAUCAAAACAAGAAUCUAAGAGGCAAUCCUGUCAUGAAAGUAAUCUCAGUGAGGACAGCUACUUAGCCAAUUCUUCCCUUUUGCUUGCUCUUGAGAAGCGUGUAGCUUCUGAGGUAGCAGACGUCUUUCAAUCUGCAUAUGAGCGUCACCUUCGCAGUGCCAAACAAUCAGAUUCUUGUGAGUCAGUCAGCAUCAUUGAGAUGCCGAAUCCUAGUCCGCCUGAUAUCAACUCAGAAAGCAGUAAGUCUCAACCGUGCAAUCCAGAAAAUUUCUCAGACGUUCUCGCCAGACACCCAACACCUUCUCUAGCUGAUGAGCAAUCUUCGCACGUGCUGAUCCCUGGUGCAAGCGCCCAGUCCAGCCCAUCUCAUUCUCCAACAACGAAUGUUAUGGCACCUUCUAGUACUCGUUCUGCAUUCGCAUCCGACACAGCAUCAGUAUCUGUGCCAGUGUCAAUUUCGUCUGACCGCUCGAGCGAAUCCAUAGAAGUUCUGACAACACCUGACUACUCGAAAAGUGACUGGUCGAUGCCCCUUCAUGCACAGCUAUCUGAGUCCGUAACCUGCAAACCCUCAUUGCCAUCUUUGUCAUCAUCGGCGCACCAGACACACCAACUUUCAAAGAGUAUUUCGAGCACCUCCCAGAGUAUAUCCAUUAAUUCAUUUAUUUGCGGGAUAAAUGAAAUAGUGGAUGAUUGUAGCGUCGCAUCUAACGCUGAGAACCCUUUAGUGGUCUUUUCUCCUCGGGCAGAGGAGUAUAUCACCCAAGUCUCAUCCAUUUCAGCCAAUAACCCCGUCUCAGCUAGCGGGCCAACUGACUUUGUCAACGGUUCGCACGUUCCGCAUGCCCUUAAGAUGCACAGCUCGAAGGUGGCAUUGCAAGCAGUGGCUGGAAGUGUAGAGUCAGAUAUGCUUGUUUCAGACGUCAACGUGAUGAAGCAGACAGCCAGGCAGCAGCAAAUAGCUGCUACUCGACUUCUUGAGAGCAAGGGAGCACCAAGUAGUGAUAUUGCAAAGACACAAGCUCAAGAUCUUGACUCGACAGAGAGCAUGGGUUUAAUCAUCGAUCGAAGCCGAGCAGCAACUGGGGCCAGUAAGGUAGGGCUGUCCACCUAUUUCAGUGAGAUUCUUCUAGCCCGCAGUGGGGAUAUGGGAAUCACGCCCGAUGUAGCGGACUUCUGCCUCAGCCGCCCCAUCACCGCUGAUGAAGAGGAAGUCCGACAUGCUAACGCACCCUUUGCUGGGAGGGACCCAUCAAACGCAGCAGUUCUGACAACAGCAAUGCUUGAUCAAUCCCCCUCCGUCCCAGAGCAUUCGGUCAGGCCCCAAGACGGCAGUGUGCCUCUCACGCAGUCCUCUAGCCUAAACAGCUGA